AUGCUAAAUGACAAAGUGAUGAAUAGUGAAGAUUUUCGAAUUGAAGAAGAAAUUAACACUUCUAAUGAUGUUGAAAGAGGUGAACGUGACUGCAUGUUUGUUGCAAGGCAAGAAAAUAAUGACGACAAUUUGUUAGAUAAGGUGGUAUACAGUGAAGACGAAGCAUAUGCUUUAUACAAUAAUUAUGCAUUACGAAUGGGUUUUAGUAUUCGGAAAGGAAAGCCAAGAUAUUAUAGUGGAUCAAAGAACAUUAGACAACGUGAAUUUUUAUGUUGUAAAGAGGGUUUUAAAGUAGAUGAAGACCCUUUUGAAGAGAAAAAAUUGAAUAGGCUGGAGACUAGAACUGGUUGCAAAGCAUUUGUUCGUUUAACUGUUGAAGAUGGAAUUUGGAGGGUUACUGCCUUCAAUCCUGAACAUAAUCAUGAACUUGCAUUACAAUCAGAGCGACAUUUGCUAAGAUCUGCUCGUCACAUUUCAAAACCGAAGGCAGGUGUGAUUAAUUCUAUGAUAAAUGCAGGUAUAAGCACAAAGAAUGCUUAUUCAUAUCUAAGAGAAGAAGUUGGAGGCAGUGAGAAUGUGGGUUUUACCAAAAGGGAUUGUUAUAAUUAUGUGAACAAGCAAAAGAUGACGAUGAUUAGUGCUGGAGAUGCUCAAAGCCUAUUGAAUCAUUUUAAGCAGAAACAUACAGAAGAUCCCAUGUUCUUUUUCACAGUUCAAGUAGAUCAAGAAAAUCGCAUGACUAAUUUUUUCUGGAGAGAUGGGAGAUCAAGGGUUGAUUAUGAUUGCUUUGGAGAUGUAGUUGUUUUUGAUACCACCUAUCGUACCAAUAAGUAUAAUUUGAUUUGUGCUCCAUUUGUUGGUGUUAACCACCAUUGGCAAAAUGUGAUGUUUGGUUGUGCUUUCCUUUUGGAUGAAACCACUGAUUCAUUUAUAUGGUUGUUUAAAUCAUUUUUAGAAUCAAUGGGGAAUCGGUCUCCAGUUACAAUUUUUACUGACCAAGAUCAAGCCAUGUCUAAUGCUAUUCAGGUAGUGUUUCCAAAUACACAUCAUCGAUUAUGUUUGUGGCAUAUUUCGAAAAAUGCUCCUUCUCAUUUGGGGGAAUUAAAUACUAACACAGAGUUCAAGUACCUUUUCAACAAGUGCCAAAAAUAUUGUGAUUCUACACUAGAAUUUCAACAAACUUGGGAUAACGUGAUACAAAAGUUUAGUUUGGAGAGUCAUCGGUGGCUUAAUAUGAUGUACAAGAUUCGACACAAGUGGAGCACUGCAUUUACUAAGGAUAGUUUCACCGCUGAAUUUAAAGCUUCCUCAAGGAGUGAAAGUACAAAUAAUGUUUUGAAUAACAUAGCAGGCAAAACAACUAGCCUAACUAACUUUGUUAUUGAAUAUGACAAUUUAGUGGCAGGUAUGCAUUCUUCAAAGUUGGAUGAAGAUUUUCGAUGCAAGCAAGGUGCCCCUCAAAAAGCAGUAAAAAAAAGUGGUAUUUUGGGUCAUGCAGCUCAAGUUUACACCUGUAAGAUAUUUAAAUUAUUUGAAAAUGAAUUUCUCAAUAGUCUUGCAAUGGUGUGGAAGCAAGUUGAUUGUCAAGAUACAGUUGAUGUCUUUGAGUUGAAAGAAGAAAAUAGUGAAAGGGUACGUAUUGUUCACUUUGAUCAUCUCACUAACAACAUUUCUUGUUCUUGUAAGAAGUUUGAAUCAUUAGGAGUUCUUUGUUGUCAUGCAUUGAGGGUUUUUAGUAUAAAAAAUUUGACUGCAAUUCCAAGUCAAUAUAUUUUGAAACGUUGGACAAAAGAUGCCAAGAAAGGGAUUAUGGCUUACGAACAAGGUAACAAUUCCAUUGCGAAUGGUAAAGAGGCUGAGAUCAUAUGGCGUAAUAGUAUGAUACGUAUAGUUAGUACAACUAUAUACAAGAGUCAAGGGAAUGAUAGCCUUAAGAACAUUUGCCAGAAGAUACUUGUAGAACUUGAUGAAAAAAUUGAAAGGGAGUUUGAAAGGUUGAGAUUGGGUACAGAUAUGCAUAUUGAAGAAGAUCAAACCGUACAAUGUGAUACUACUAACAUGUCAGUGUUGGAUCCCCCACAAGCAAGAUCGAAAGGUGUACGAAACACUAGACUUAAAGGGCAUUUUGAAAAGCGCAAGACAAAACCGUCCAAGGAUGCAUCAACUUCGCGAAAAUCAAAACAAGUAAAGCAAGGACCAUCACAUGCCUCACUUGAUGUCACAUAUGAUACAACAACCUUCCAACCACCAAAUGGGUCCCCUUAUGUAAGACCAGCAGAUGCCAACAUACAUGGUCAAUCUUACCCACCGUGGACCAUGCAUACUCAGGAUAUGGACUUUGCAAAAAUUCCAUUUACAACUAUGUUGCAAAGUGUCGAUGUUGUAAACCAAUUUAGUCAGAAAAAUGAUAGUUACACAGAGAAGCUACAAAAGUAA